GUCGAGAGCCCCCGGGACGAGUUGGGGCCGCAGCUUCGGCUGAGUGGCCGCGGAUGAACGGGGCGCGGACCCUGCGGGUGCCGGGCCGCCACGGCUACGCCGCCGAGUUUUCCCCGUACCUGCCGGGCCGCUUGGCCUGCGCCGCCUCGCAGCACUACGGCAUCGCGGGUUGUGGAACUCUGCUAAUAUUGGAUCAAAAUGAAUCUGGGCUUAGAAUUUUUAGAAGCUUUGACUGGAAUGAUGCUUUGUUCGACGUGACUUGGAGUGAGAACAAUGAGCAUAUUUUGGUCACCUGUAGUGGCGAUGGCUCUCUGCAGCUCUGGGAUACGGCCAAAGCUGCAGGUCCCUUGCAAGUCUACAAGGAACACACUCAGGAGGUAUAUAGUGUUGACUGGAGCCAAACCAGAGGUGAACAGCUUGUGGUGUCUGGCUCAUGGGAUCAGACUAUGAAAGUGUGGGAUCCAACUGUUGGAAAGUCUCUCUGCACCUUUAGAGGUCAUGAUAGUGUCAUUUACAGUACAAUCUGGUCUCCUCAUAUCUCGGGGUGCUUUGCUUCAGCUUCAGGUGAUCAAACUCUGAGAAUUUGGGAUGUGAAAACUACAGGAGUCAAAAUUGUGGUUCCAGCACACCAGGCAGAAAUUUUGAGUUGUGACUGGUGCAAGUAUAAUGAGAAUUUGCUUGUUACAGGAGCAGUUGACUGUAGUUUGAGAGGCUGGGACUUGAGAAAUGUACGACAACCAGUGUUUGAACUUCUUGGUCACACCUAUGCUAUUAGGAGAGUGAAAUUUUCACCAUUUCAUGCUUCUGUGCUGGCCUCUUGUUCCUAUGAUUUUACUGUAAGAUUCUGGAACUUUUCAAAACCUGACCCUCUUCUUGAAACAGUGGAGCAUCAUACAGAGUUCACUUGUGGCUUAGAUCUAAGUCUUCAGAGCCCUACUCAGGUGGCUGACUGUGCUUGGGAUGAAACAAUAAAGAUAUAUGAUCCUGUUAGUCUUGCUAUGCCUGCUUAAGAUAACUUUCACUUCCAGUGGUCAUAAAUAAUAUAUUGGUUGAAGAACUACUUUAUAGGAAAUAAAUCAAUAACAUAGACAUGCUUUUCUAUGCUAUAUAAGUUACAGAUUUUUAGAUUUUACUCUGCAAUAAAGACUGCUUACUUUUAAGCAUGGUACAUAAGCCAUACUUCUUAAGAAUCUAAGAAAUUAUUGAUUGUAUAUUAUAUCUUGUAGCUAUUAAAUGUAAUCUCUGAAUUGUUAAAUAGAUGAAACUAUAAAAGACCCAAAGUUUAUAUAGUGAUAUAUUUAAUUUUUAAAUUAAUCAUUUUUUCAUGUAAAAGUCAUUGCUAUUGAGAAAAUAAACUGUAUCUGUUGAUCUUUUAUGGCUUCCCUAGCCAGAUUGCUUUUUCUAAUGUAUAUACAUGUGAAUACAAUGCUAUAUACAUACUGUAUAUGUGCACGCAUAUAUACACAAAUACAUACUGGAUAUGUCAGAUUCUGAAGUGAGGUUCUAAUAAAAAUUUAAUUU